ACACUCAAGUGGAGUUGCGAUUGCGAGUUGUUGGCUCGUACUCAAACGUACAGUAGUUGCUUGUGUAGUGUAGAUUGUUUGCUAUGUAGAAAAAUGUAAAGGCAUAUAAUUUGCAUGGAUUCGAAAAAGUUUUAUGUAUAAAACGAAGUCCUAAUUUAAUUUUUAACGCUUGAGAAGCCAUAGUAGCAGAAAAUAUUUGAGAAAAAAACUAAGCAGCAAAACCUAGAGGCAACGAAAUAACAAAAAAAAAAAAAAACAAAUAAAAACCAAACAACUUAAACAUUUUUUGUUUUAGCAAAAUCGUUGGUGCGAAUAACUCCAUUAAUUUAGAAGUUGUAUAGAAAAAAAAAAUCGGAAAUAAGAAGCACACAAACCAAGAAAAAGAAUAGAAAAAUUGCCAAUAGUGCGUUCGAUCAAGCGUUUGCAGUCUAGGAAGCAGCGAGAAGAGAGCUGCCGCAUACGAAAUUAUUGAACAGUACGUUUGGGUACAGUGAGCACAGAAAACAAGGGGCUGGCAAAAACAAAAAACCGUGCAACGAGAAAUGAUUUUUGGCGCUGAUUAGAGGAUACACAAAAAGAAAAAAACAACAAAAAGAAAAACAGCAAAGCGUUAAGCAGUUCGGCGCAUUAGCGUAAUAAAUAAAACAACAGGGGAGACAGUCACUCUGGCUGAGCAGUGAGCAACACGUCAAAGGAAGAGAGAAGGCAAUAAAGACGAAAGUAACGCGAACAAGCCAGCGAAUGCAUACAAAGUAGCAAUUUUGACUACUCCAAAACGUAGCUACUACAACAUUAACUUGCCGCGUGUGAAAACUUAAGGCAAAAAUUAAGGAAAACAAAAGUGCGAAAAAAAAAACAAAAAACAAAAGUCAUAAAAAAGUGUAAGCUAAACACAGUGCACGCGAAGCUUUCGUGAAAGUGCGUGAAGUUGUGCUUUAAGGUGUUAGCACAUAAAAAUUUAUGGACCUUUAAAUUUCGGCAUAUAUUUUUAGUAAGAAAAUAAGAGCAGCAACAAAAACAAAAACAAUAAGUACAUACUAAAAAUAAGAAAGAAAACAGAAUGCCUCCAUUCACCAUUACCACCACGAGUACCAAUAUGUUAGCGCCAUUAUCGGCUUCUACAAUGAUGUGGCACGAAGAGGAACGGCAACGCCGCCGCAAACAGGAAUCGAUGCAUUCCCAGCGGCUUUCACGUCCGCCCGCUUUGGUACGCUACUGGCCGUUGGCUAUUUUUGUGCUACUCCAAGUGCUGUUGGCCAGCGAUAAUGUAGCUGCCAUCGAUUUAAGCCGACUCUACGGGCACAUGGCAAAGGAUAUACAGAAACGAAGCGAGGCCUGCCACCCAUACGAGCCAUUCAAGUGUCCUGGUGAUGGUAAUUGCAUUUCGAUUCAGUAUUUAUGCGAUGGUGCGCCCGAUUGCUCCGAUGGUUACGAUGAGGAUCUGCGACUUUGUACGGCAGCUAAGCGCCCACCUGUUGAGGAGACCGCUUCAUUCCUACAAAGUCUAAUCGCUUCGCAUGGCCCCAAUUAUUUGGAGAAGCUGUUCGGCAGUAAGGCUCGUGAUGCGCUCGCCCCCUUGGGUGGUGUGGAGAAGGUUGCCAUAGCUCUGAGCGAAUCGCAGACGAUUGAAGAUUUUGGCGCAGCAUUACAUUUAAUGAGAUCCGAUUUGGAACACUUACGAUCCGUCUUUAUGGCUGUUGAAAAUGGCGAUCUAGGCAUGCUAAAAUCCCUGGGCAUCAAAGACUCCGAACUUGGCGACGUGAAAUUCUUUUUGGAAAAAUUAGUCAAUACCGGCUUCCUAGACUGAGUGGCGCCAGAUCCCGCUUCUGGAUUUUAUUAUGCACACGCACAACCCAUCAAUCCCAGUUUCUAUUCGUACUUGGGCACACCCUACGACAACUAUAACUACUAAAUGAAUAGUAGUUGUGGAAAAAGUAGAGUGGCGCUCAAAUAACGAAUGCGAACACAAGCACAAAACAACAAAAAACACACCCAUCGAACAUGCAACAGAUUCAUAAAACAGACAUACAAACAAACAGGUGAACAAACAAACAAAAAACAGUCAUCAAUACAAACAGAUACAGCAAAGGAAAACGACAUACAUAAAUGGAAAUAAAACAGUUGGUACAAUAAUUUUUUCUCAAAUUUUAAAGUGAAGGUAAAAUGAAAAAAAAACCCCAAAAGAAAUUAAACUUCAAGUAUUUUCCAUUUCUAUACAUAUUUUUUUUAAUUAUUUUAUUUUUGGAUUUAUGUUUUGAACAUUUUAUAGAAAAGCCUUUGAAAAAAUUACACAAAAAAAUUGCAAAAAAUAAUAUGUGAACAAAAAAAAUCGAUUUUAUUUUCUGUACACAAAAGAGCAAGAAGAUGUAAAAUAGGAUGAGGAAGAACAAGAAGUUUAGUGAAAGGAAAAUACAUAAAUAAACGGAGUAAAUAUGUAAUUGUAAUAGUGGAUUGUGGAUAUACAAAUGUAGUAGUACGAGCAGCUACAGUGUUUGUGCUACCAAAAAUUUGAGACAAAAUCGCAUGAGAUAAAAAAUUCAAUAUCACUUAAUCGUUUACUUUAGUGCUAUCCUACAUAUGUACCUACAUGUAUAUGUGUGUUAGAGUUUUUCGUUUGCGCAAAAAUUUACUCACCUGCUAAACGUGUUUUUUUGUUGUUGGAAAAUAUGCGCUUUUUGUUUUUUAAAUUAAAUUU